AUGUCACCACUUCAAUGCUCUUUAUCAGUUUCAACCCAAUCAAAAACACCCCAGUUUGAUUUAAAGAAUUAUUGGACAACCUUGAUUCAGGAAAUCAAUCAGAAACUAGACCAAGCCGUUCCUGUUGAGUAUCCAGAUAAGAUUUAUGAAGCCAUGAGGUAUUCUGUUCUCGCUAAAGGUGCUAAAAGAGCUCCUCCUGUUAUGUGUGUUGCUUCUUGUGAGCUUUUUGGUGGUAAUCGUCUUGCUGCCUUCCCUACUGCUUGUGCUCUUAGGAUGCUGGCCAUGCAGGAGCUAUUGCUAAUUAAGGAGGUUGAGAGUGUCAAGAAGCCUUUUAUGCCCCCUCGAGAGGUGCAUGUACAAGUCACACAUUCCAUGCCACCUCAAAAGCUCGAGAUCUUCAAAUCUAUGGAGGAUUGGGCUGAACAUAACAUUUUAGUUCAUUUGAAGCCAGUUGAGAAGUGGAACUCAGGGAGAGGGCAAAGGAGCUUCCAGAUGAUUACUUAUCCUGACAUAGCCUCUAGCAUAAUCCUUCUCCUUCAAGCUGGAGCUCGGGACAUGGUUUAA